AUGGCGGCGGCCGCGCUGAGGGACCCGGCUCAGGGCCCUGUGACCUUUGAGGAUGUGGCUGUGAUUAAGGAGGAAUGGAGUCUCCUUAGAGAGGCUCAGAGAUGCCUGUACCAAGAUGUGAUGCUGGAGAAUGUGGCACUUUUAUCCUCCCUGGGCGGUUGGUGUGGAGCUGAAGAUGAGGAGGAACUUUCAAAGCAGAGCAUUUCUACACAAACAGCGUCUCUGAUCAGGACUUGUAGGACAGGUCUGUCUCCCAAGAAGGUCCACCCUUAUGAAAUGUGUGGCCCCAUCCUGGGAGACAUCUUGCACUUGGCUGAGCACCAGGGAAUAUAUCACAAGCAGAAAUUGAAUAGGCAUGUGGCAUGUGGGAAAAAGUUGUAUGAUGGUGCAAACUUUCAUUGGCACCAAAAGCAGCACAUUGGAGAAUGUGGGAAAUCCUUUAGCCACAGGAAUAGCUACAGUUAUUAUCAAAGAGUUCACACUAGAAAAAGACCUUAUGAGUGUGGAGAAUGUGGGGAAUGUUUUACUCAAGAGGGCUACCUCAUGAAACAUCAGCAAGUUCACAGUGGAGAAAGAGCUUAUGAGUGUGAAGAAUGUAGGAAAUCCUUUACUCGAAAGGGCAACCUCAUUCAACAUCAGCGAAUUCAUACUGGAGAAAGACCUUACAAAUGUGGAGAUGUGGGAAAUCUUUUAGGCUAA